UCCGCGUUGGAGGGGCCGGGCCGCUGCCGUAGUUGCCGCGGCUGCCUCGUGACGUGGCACAGCCGAAGAUUUAACGUCGGAGCCGGAGCUGCCCCGCCAGUCGUGGAGCAGGUCCUCAUCCCGCUGUCCGGGAGCUUUUUCGGACACGCCGGCUAGCGAACCGUCCCCGCAGCCGUCUUUCAUCCUCAGCAGCUCUUUCCUCGCCGAGUUUUCUGGGAACGUAAAAGGAGAAGGCCCGGGGACGCCCCAAACCCCUUUUGCUCCUGCCCAUUGCAAGUGCCACUACCGCCAUGGGCCUCACCAUCUCCUCCCUCUUCUCCCGCCUCUUCGGCAAGAAGCAGAUGCGCAUUUUGAUGGUUGGAUUGGAUGCUGCUGGCAAGACGACCAUUCUGUAUAAACUGAAGUUAGGGGAGAUAGUCACCACCAUUCCUACCAUUGGUUUUAAUGUGGAAACAGUAGAAUAUAAGAACAUUUGUUUCACAGUAUGGGAUGUUGGUGGUCAAGAUAAAAUUAGGCCUCUCUGGAGGCAUUACUUUCAAAAUACCCAGGGUCUUAUUUUUGUGGUAGAUAGCAAUGAUCGUGAAAGAAUUCAGGAAGGAGCAGAAGAGCUGCAGAAAAUGCUUCAGGAAGAUGAGUUGCGAGAUGCAGUGUUGCUGCUUUUUGCAAACAAACAGGACUUGCCGAAUGCUAUGGCCAUUAGCGAAAUGACAGAUAAAUUAGGUCUUCAGUCCCUUCGUAACAGAACAUGGUAUGUUCAAGCCACUUGUGCUACACAAGGAACCGGUCUGUAUGAGGGACUUGACUGGCUGUCAAAUGAGCUUUCAAAACGUUAAAUGAAGCUGGAUAUCUAACCAAGGACAUGUUUGAUAGAAUUGGUCUAGGCUUGUUACAACAAUAUUAGUUUGCAUCUUGGUUAUUAAACAGUAUCUGGGACUGGUUUGGGCAGAAUAUUACUGCGUUUAAACUUAUUUUGUUGCCAAUUAUUGUUUACCAAGUAUAAUGUUGCCAUUUAGCAAUAUGCUUGGUUUUAAAGAGAGUCUUCUUAACUUGGGAAAAAAAAGUGUCCUCUUUUAAUUUUACUUUCCUUAAGCCUAAAUGCCUGGACUUAGCUAAUGUGACACCUUUUAAAUAAAUCCAUUUUGAAUGUUUUUUUUUUUUUUUUUGAGCCCACAAUGAAUAAUGUUUUAAAGUUACCCCUUGCUACUUUAAAUGAUACCUUUAUCAUUCCUGGGACAGUCUGCUGAUUUAAAAAAAUGUAGCAUUCCAUUUGUAUUUAUUUUCCCCCCUUGCCAAAAAGAUUUUUUAAUACUGCUUGUACCAGCCAGGUAAAUGCUCCAAAACACUAUUCAGAUCUUGCACUGAGGAACUUCUAUUUCUCCCCCCAUUGUUAUUGACUCCUGGCUUCCAUCAGCCAAGCUUACCUUGGUGUGGUUUGGAUUUGAUAAUUAGUUCUGUGCUAGAUGUAAAGAGUGCAUAUGGAGAUGAUUUUUAAUCCUCAGCAGAUUGUCUUCCUUUAUAUCUUUUUUAUGUUGCAUGUUGCUUUUGGUAUCAGCCUGACUCUUUGCCCAGUAUAUGAUAGUUCUGCUGAUGUUUUAUUGUUUAUUGGUGAACAUAUCUUCAUUAAGAGUUUUUGGAAAACUCAUCAAACUCAAUGAAUAAGUUUUCUUCAUAACCCAUUUGGAAUUAUUCCUAAUAAAAUGAUAAAAACAUUUAAUGGUGUUUGUUUUUC